ACUUAAUAUACUUUCCUUGCCGCGCCUUUCCUCCGGUACUUGGGGUUGUGAUGAAUUUUGGCGCCUCCGACAGUUAAUAGUUUUUGGAGGAAAAUAAAGGGAAACCAUUUAUCUGUUUAUACAUUUGCCUUAGACAGACCAACUGUGUGUUGCGGAAGAACGAGAUAUGGAGGACAUUGGUGAUUAUUUGGACUUCGAAUUCGAGGAGCCCAGCAAGGUUCCUGCCGCCAUAACCAAGAAAAAGAAAAAGGUCAUAGGCUUGGAUGACCUUGUAGCAGAUUAUUAUCAGGAGAAAAGCAAGGUUAUUGAAAGGGAAUCCAAAAGGGCCAAGUCUGAAAAGCAGAUAUGUGAUUCUGAUGAUGAUUUGGAUGAAGAAGAUGCUAGACAAGUAAAAGAGUUUGAGGAUCAUGUUGAUGAGUUCCAAAAAGAUAUGGGUCAAAUAAGCAAUGAUGAUGACACACAUUUUUGGGGUUUUCAAGUUUUUGGAAAUCAGGAAGUGCUGUCUCCUGUGCGGUUUGCUGAAAUUGAUAGUUGUGAACUUUUACAGUCUUUCCAAAAUCACAAACUGAAUUCUAUGGUUGAACUCGAAAUGGAGAAAGGAGAAACUUUUCUUGAAGGAUUACUAACAAAUGGGUGGCUUUUGAAGUUGGUUUUUAUAAGUGGUCAGUUGGAGGAUUCCAUAGCAACAUGGACGUUCAAUCUCAUGUUGUAUUCAUCAAAGGAUGUGCUGAGAAGAAGUGCAUGUGACUUAUGGUGUAGCAUCCUUCUGCACAAAAACAAGCCGGACCAUUCGAGUAUCAAGUUGGUACGGGUACCUAGCCAUUCUGAACUAAAAAAAGCGCUUGAAGUAUAUGGCUUUCAAUUGGAUUCUUCUUCGAAGUCAUCGUCUGAUGUUGAGAUGGUUCGCUGGAGCUUAUUAAAACCAUGGAAUUCAGAGUAUGAUUCUGAUUGUCCAGGACCGCCUCAGAAUAUUCAAUACUGGAUUAAAUAUGUUAGAGUUUGCUUCCAAGUAAGGAACACAUGGCAAAUCUUAUCUUCAUCAGAGGCAGAGGAUUUGACAUAUAUAAUUAUCACUAUGUGUCUAGAUCGCGUAAUGUUGGGCCUCUCCGUGGUUCUACAUGAGUGUCUGGUUGCAGCUAUUAGUUACUUCAAAGAUGAUGAAUGGCAAGCAAGCUGUCACCAAAUAGCAAAAUGCCUUGCAUUAAGACUGCCUACAGAUGUAAAUUGCCUGAGAAUUGUAGACAGUAUCUCAGCAAUUGAUGGGCGUAGUAAGCACCUCAGAAGUGCUGUGGCUUUCCAAUUUCUUGUGAAAUGCUUUGAUGCUAAGGUACAACUUGAUGUCGGUAUCACUGUUAUAUCAAUUGAUGGUCUGCAACCAUUUGUACUUUUGUGCACAAUGUGUGUGUGUUAUCAUAGAAGAUACAUUUCUUGGCUGAUUGUUGGACAUAAGCUGCCCUUUUUAGACUUUUCUCCUACUUUACUUCAGAAUAAUUUUAUUUCCUAGUAACUCACUAUAUGUGAGCACCUAACCUUGCUGAAGCAUUCAUUAGCUUUGACAGAAGACAUCAGAUUCUGA